GGGUGAGUGGGAGGGAGAAAGGGUGUGUUUCCUCACCAACAGCGCCUCAGCGUCUAGGGUUGUUUCUGGACCGGUGGUACCCUCUUGUGUCAGGCGCUGUGUCUGGCCGCGCACACGGUGGUGGCGAGACGCUGCUUGCGGAAGCCUCGUUUAGACGGGAGGGAACUGCGACACCCAGGGGACAACAUGCCAACUGCCAAGCAACUAGCUGACAUUGGCUACAAGACUUUCUCCACCUCCAUGAUGCUCCUCACCGUGUAUGGGGGCUACCUCUGCAGUGUCCGAGCCUACCACUAUUUCCAGCGGCGCAGCUCCCGGCGCCAGGCUGCAGAAGAACAGAAGACCUCAGGAGUCCUGUAGAACUGGAGUGCUUUUCUCCUUGACCAGAGAAGCCUGCGGCAUGCUAUGGAGAGAGCUCACCUGCAAUCAUAUCCAAGUCAAGAGAACUUGGGCCUUAAUGGUUUUCCAUUAAAACCAUUAAUGCCGGGGAUAAGUGCCCAUGUUUUCUAUGGAACUGCCAUUUUGGGGAGGCUAUCAAAUCAUAACAGGAAUUGGGGGAGGGGAGGCAUACCUACAAGACAUUAAAUAUUUCGCCAUGUCUGUCUGUGUCUUGGUAU